AUGUGGAUUGCAGGUAAAGAUGGAAAGUUUUCAACAACAGAUGUUGUUGAGAAAAUAAGAGACAGAGAAGUUGCAUUGUCUUGGACUAAAUUUUUUUGGAAAUCUCUCAUUCAUCCUAGUAUUGUUUACAAUGUCUGGAAGUUGAUGCAAGGAGUGUAUGUGGAUGAUAAAAUAAUGAGGAGUAGGGGUUAUGAUAUGGUAUCAGUAUGUUGCAUUUGCUUUGCAGGACAGGACAGUAUGCAUCAUACUUUAUGGGAAUGUCAAUUCAGCAUUGAGGUGUGGAAGUGGCUUAAUACAGUGUUUGGAUUUGGUAUCCCUUGUUCUUUUGAGGAUGUUUGUAAUGCUUCCAAAGUUAAAAGCCCUUUAGUAAAGCAGUUAUGUAUGAUAGUAGCUUGUGCCAUCAUGAAGGAUUUAUGGUUCCAGAGGAAUGCAAAACUAUUUGAUGAGAAGAAACCUAAUUUCAUGUGCUUCAAGAGUAAAAUUUAG